AUGUUCACGUGGACUCCAGCAAUGGUGGUCCCAGAAUUCUACGGGGCAGCACUUGUGACAAGGGAUCUCUUCAUUAAAGUCUUUGGACUGUGGAUGCUGACGAAGCUAUCCCAUGGGCUCCUCAGAGUGUACAGGUGCUGGCGCGUCGGCAGGAAGCUGCGCCAUCUUCCCACUCUGCCCUGCUCCCUGUUGGGCCCUGUGGGGUCAAAGUGCAAGCCCGCAGACCGGCAUCGCGUCUACGGGGAGUGGGCGCAGAAAUACGGACCCAUCCUCACUUACCGCUUCCUCACCACGCACGUGGUGAUGGUGACAGAUCCUGUGCUCGUGGCUGAGGCGCUGCGGCACAGGAGCCUCGACAAGGCCCUGCCCGUGCAGCAGUUCACCUGCGGGAUUGAUGAGCUCACCGGCCCGAAUGCUCACAAGACCAUCCUGACGAUGUCCACGGAUGAGCUGUGGCGCGCUGUGCGCAAGGCAGUGGCCACUGCUUUCAGCAAUCGCAACCUGCGCGCCAAUUUCCCCGGCAUCAGGACGGCAGGCGCGCAGCUGAUACAGGUUUUGGCCGAGGCGGGGCCGAGCGUGGCAGUGGACAUGGACAAUGCCACCUGCCGGGAGUCCCUGGACGUCAUCGGCCACGUGGGCUUCGGGCGUGACAUGGGCGCGACGCGGUCUCUGAUGGACGGCGAUGAGUCAGGACAGGCCAUAACGACGACGCAGGCCGGGCUGGCCGAGGCUGAGUCGCGCAUUAUUGACCCCCUGCGCCGCUACAAGCUCUGGCGUCCGGAUGUGUGGGCGGGCAAGGCGGCGACGAGGCGAUACCAUGAGAUGAUCCACCGACUGAUGGCGGACAUCCGCCGGGAGAGGCCGCCCGAUGUCACAAUUGCGGCACACCUCCUCGAUAUUGUGGACCCCCGCACCGGGCAGGCCAUAAGCAACGACGUAUUGCAGCCGCAGAUCGCGCAGCUCUUCUUCGCCGGAUUUGAGACCACCGGCCACCAGGCGUCGUGGACGUUGUACGCGGUCAGUCAAGAAGCUGCAGUGGAGGCAAAGAUCACAGAGGAGCUUGCUUCGCUGGGGCUACUGGCCACGAGCAAGAGCCCCCAACCACGGCAACUGGAAUGGGAUGACCUCAGAUUGCUGACAUACCUUAACGCUGUCAUCAAGGAAUCGAUGAGGAUCUACGCGGUGGCCGGCGUGGUCCCCUUGCGUUCUCCAAUCAAGGGCUGCGGAGACGUUGUCCUGGGCGGAGGUAAAUUAGUCAUCCCAGAAGGCGCCAUCCUGCACACGCCCAUCGCCGCUAUUCAGCUGUCCCCCGCGCUCUGGGACGAUCCCGAGAAGUUUGACCCCGGCCGCUGGCUGCAGGAGGGCAAUGCUGAGAAUGUGCCCAAUGCUGAGCUGGGUGGCAAAGACGUCAAGCGCUACCUGCCGUUCUCAGAGGGCCUUCGGAACUGCGUCGCAAAGCCUCUGGCGCAGCUCAACCUCCUGACCGCGCUCGCGCAGCUUUACGGCAGCUUCACCUUCCGCCUGGCUUCAGAGAUGGGUACUGCAGAGGAUGUGCGGGCAGCGGAGCAGACCCAUGUCACGCUGUCCUGCGCCAGAGGCAUGAAGAUGCACGCGGUCCCUCGCGUGGCGUCGGUCAAAGCAGGUCCCACCCAGCCGCUGUCUGAAGAUGUACUAGGAUCAGAGGAGUGA